AUGACAGAAACAUUGUCACCUUUGCAAGUUGCUUGUCCGUUUCUAUCCUUCCUUAGUUUAUUGAUCUCAAUGCCUACAUUUCAGACGCCACACACUCAGUGGCCUGAGCCUGAUAUGGAUCGGAUGUUUCGCAGUCUCUCACCCCCACACGAAGUCAAUGUGUCCACUACCCCGCUGUGGUUCUGCAAAUUUUCCCAGCCUCUGGAAUCUAAAAGUUGCCUUUCUCUGUGUUUUCUUGGGAAGAGAUGCCCUGGAAUAGAUGGGUACUCCAGAUUUGGGAAUUCACUCACAGGGCUAGGCUUGAGCCAGGCUUCUUCGGAGGUGAACUCCUGA